AUGGAGGUGGUUGUUGUUCCUGAUGAAAUCAAGAAUACAAAUGCAAUUGUGUUUGAGGAAGUCGAAGUAUCUAAAGUAAUGUUGAAAGAAGUUGGAAGAGAGCAGCAAGCAUUUGAUUUGUAUAAUGAUUAUGCCUUUAAGAUGGGUUUUAGUAUAAGGAGGGGCAAUGUACGAACAAUUUAUAACACUAACAUUUGGCGAAGUAGGAAAUAUGUAUGUUCAAAUGUUGGUUUGAAGGAUGUUAGGAGGUAUGAGAGGUUGGAUUUUCGAACAAAUUGUGGUGCUCUAGUUGAGUUCAUUAUUGAUAAUCGUGGUGUAUGGACUAUUGUGCAGCAUCUUAUGGAGCAUAAUCACCCUGUGAUACCAAUUGAUAAGAGACAUUUGCUUAGUUUCAAAGAAAAGUGA